AAUUUUAUUUUUUUCGUUGAAGAAAAUACUGAGAAAUUUCUUAAACAGUUCUAUUAGUAUUUUUUUUUUUUACACAGCAUAAAUAAGGUGCAUCUAAGAUCCACAAUUAUAUCUUAGCUCUAAACAAUGAUUCUACCAUUCACAAUAUUUCAUAUCAUUGUUUUAAUAAUAUCUCCUCGAUUAGCCUCAGCACAAGAUGUAAGCAUAGCACAAUAUGGUUGUAAUUCAACAUGUGGAACAUUUUCUGUUCCUUUCCCAUUCGGAAUGGAUGAACCUCAUUGCUAUGCACACAAAUGGUUUGAAAUAGAAUGCAAAUUAGGCAGAAAUUCUUCUGAUAUUCCUAAACCUUACUUGAAGUCGUUAAAUCUUGAAGUAACAGACUUUAACACAGACUCGAGCAUCGUUGAGAUUAUGAGCCCAAUUUACCAUUCCAAUUGUCAAAACAACAAAAAUAGUAGCAACAGUAAUAAAAUCGUUACACUUAGAGACAGUCCUUUCAUAUUUUCACAGGCUGAUAACACGUUUCUAGCUGUGGGAUGUAACAAUCUUGCUUUUCUUCAGUCAAAUGGGACAACUGUUGGUGGUUGUGUAUCAAUUUGUGACGACGACAACAAUUUCAAUAUAGGUAGCGACGGUUGUAAUGGAAGGUAUUGUUGUAAAACCUCAUUGCCUUCACAUCUUUCAGAGUUUAACGCAACAAUAAGAGGUUUAAGCGAACAGAGUAGUGAUGGGUGUGUUUAUGCUUUGAUUGCAAGUGAUUAUUGGAUAACAUUAGAUAAUUCAUAUAUGAGUAAUUAUGAGAUUGAGAUAUUGAAUGAGUUGAAAAAUAAGGAAUAUGCUCCUGCGAUGCUUGAGUGGGAGAUUUUGAAUGAUAUGUUAAUAAAUUCCACAUUUCAACUACCUCCAAAUUGUUACGACUCCAACGUUACUUCUUUAAGUAACGGAAACACCGGAAGGCAAUGUCGAUGCUCCUACCUUGAUGGACAAUACUAUGGCAAUCCCUACCUUGCUGGACACUGCCCAGAUCGAGAAUACCACUUUAAUAAGAAUAACCGAUGGAAGAAGUGGGUUAUUGUAGGAAUUUCAUCAAGUCUCGGAUCCAUCGGUUUCCUCAUCGGUCUACUGUUUUUGUACAAAUUUUUGAAACGAAGAAUGAUUAAGAAACGCAAGGAAAAUUUCUUCAAAAGAAAUGGUGGUUUGUUGUUGCAAAAAAGAAUGUCUUCAGGAGAAGUCAAUAUUGACAGAACUACUCUCUUCACUUUAAAGGAUUUAAAGAAAGCCACUGACAAUUUCAAUAAGGAUAGAGUUCUUGGAAAGGGAGGCCAAGGCACCGUUUACAAAGGCAUGUUGGUGGAUGGUAAAAUUGUUGCAGUGAAAAAGUUUAAGGUUGAAGGAAAUGUUGAAGAGUUCAUUAAUGAGUUUGUUAUUCUUUCACAAAUCAACAAUAGAAAUGUUGUUAAAUUAUUGGGGUGUUGUUUGGAGACAGAAAUUCCUUUGCUUGUUUAUGAAUUCAUUCCAAAUGGUAACCUUUUUGAGUAUCUGCAUGACCAAAAUGAGGACAUUCCAAUGACAUGGGACAUGCGUUUGAGAAUUGCCACUGAAGUUGCUGGGGCUUUAUUUUAUUUGCACUCAGUUGCAUCUCAACCAAUUUAUCAUAGAGAUGUCAAAUCAACAAAUAUACUAUUGGAUGAAAAGUAUAGGGCAAAAUUAGCUGAUUUUGGUGCAUCAAGAAUAAUUUCAAUUGAAGCAACUCACCUUACCACAAUGGUUCAAGGUACUUUUGGAUACUUAGACCCAGAAUAUUUUCACACUAGCCAAUUUACAGAGAAAAGUGAUGUGUACAGCUUUGGGGUAGUUCUUGGUGAGCUUUUAACCGGUAAGAAGCCAAUAUCCUCUACAUCAAGAUCUGGGGAAUCACAAAGUUUAGCUUCCUAUUUUGUUCAGUGUAUGGAGGAGAAUAUGUUAUUUGACGUAAUUGACAAAAGGAUCACAAAAGGAGGGGAGAUAGAACAUAUCACUGCAGUUGCAAAUCUUGCAUUUAGAUGCUUAGAAAUGAAUGGAAGAAAACGACCAACGAUGAAAGAAGUAACAUUAGAAUUAGAAGGGAUCAUGGGAUUGAAUAAGAAGCUUAAUGCACAACAAAACCAUGAGGAAAUUGAACUUUCUGGAAUUGAAGAGUACCAACCUUGGGAUGGGUAUUCUGCAUCAAAUUCAUUGCCAAUUGUCAGCAGCCAAACACAAUCCACAGACUGAGAUUAUGCACAUUCUUGCAUUAGAUUAGUUGGUUUGUUUAAUUUUUAUUUUUUUCCGUAUUUAUUAGUUGUAACAUGUAUUAUUGUAUUAUAAACAAGAGUUUGCUUAGGCUUUUAAGAUAAGAUAAGGAGGUAGUUGAAUAGUGAAUUAUAUUGGAUGUAUUUAAAACGCAUAAAUUUUGACAGUUGAGGGACAA